GUUCCAUCUCAAGUGCUGCUGCUGCUGCUGUGUGUGUGUGUGUGUGUGUGUGCGCGCGCGCCUGUGUGAUUAGCCAGCACGCAGCACUUCCCCAGGGUUGUGUUUCCUUUUUCCUGAGAUUUGGCGAAGGGUAAAGGGUCGGAGUCACAUGAAUACAAAGCUUUUGAUUAAUGUCCAAGUCACUGCUGUGGCUGCCGAAGUCGCUUCCCCUCCAGUCCCGGCCGUGUGAGGCCAGAGCAGCGGGACCGGGAGCGCAGGGCCUGGCCGGAGCCCCCACUCUGCCGAGAGGAGUUUUCUCUGCCGAGCCCCGCGCCCCCCGCGCCGGGAUUCCAGCUCGAUCCCCUCCUCUCCUUGCGCCCAGCCUCUCCCCAAUAUGUAAAGUCGUCUGUCCCUCCUCGGAGUUGGCGGAGGCGGCAACUUUCCUUUCUCGCCGCCGGGGGCCGGGCAGCAGCGGGCGCGCGGGUCAGCGCUCAGCACGGCGGGCAGCGACGCGCACCGCCGCCGACCAUGAGCGAGGACAGCCGCGGGGACUGCCGCGCCGAGAGCGCCAAGGACCUGGAGAAGCAGCUUCGCCUGCGCGUGUGCGUGCUCAGCGAGCUCCAGAAGACCGAGCGGGACUAUGUGGGCACACUGGAGUUCCUGGUGUCGGCAUUCUUACACCGAAUGAACCAGUGUGCAGCAUCAAAAGUUGACAAAAAUGUGACAGAAGAAACAGUGAAGAUGUUGUUCUCAAACAUUGAAGACAUCCUUGCAGUACAUAAAGAAUUCUUAAAAGUCGUGGAAGAAUGCUUACACCCCGAACCUAAUGCUCAGCAAGAAGUGGGAACCUGCUUUCUUCACUUUAAAGACAAAUUUCGUAUAUAUGAUGAAUAUUGUAGUAACCAUGAGAAGGCACAAAAAUUACUUCUUGAACUCAACAAAAUAAGAACAAUUCGGACAUUUCUUUUGAACUGCAUGCUGCUUGGAGGACGGAAGAACACAGAUGUUCCCUUGGAAGGAUAUUUAGUAACACCAAUACAAAGAAUAUGCAAGUACCCUCUCAUUUUGAAGGAGUUGCUGAAGCGGACUCCACGGAAACACAGUGACUAUGCAGCAGUGAUGGAAGCCCUCCAAGCCAUGAAAGCUGUCUGUUCCAACAUAAAUGAGGCCAAGAGACAGAUGGAGAAGUUAGAAGUUUUAGAGGAAUGGCAGUCUCACAUUGAAGGCUGGGAGGGGUCCAACAUCACUGACACCUGCACUGAAAUGCUAAUGUGUGGAGUCUUACUGAAAAUUUCUUCUGGAAAUAUUCAAGAACGGGUGUUUUUUCUUUUCGAUAACCUUUUGGUGUACUGCAAAAGAAAACACAGACGAUUGAAGAACAGCAAGGCAUCUACAGAUGGACAUCGGUACCUUUUUCGUGGCCGGAUCAACACGGAGGUGAUGGAAGUGGAGAAUGUGGAUGAUGGCACUGCUGAUUUCCAUAGCAGUGGACACAUUGUUGUUAAUGGAUGGAAGAUACAUAACACAGCAAAAAAUAAAUGGUUUGUUUGUAUGGCAAAAACACCUGAAGAGAAGCAUGAAUGGUUUGAAGCUAUUUUGAAAGAAAGAGAACGGCGGAAAGGUUUAAAAUUAGGAAUGGAGCAAGAUACCUGGGUAAUGAUCUCUGAACAGGGUGAGAAACUUUAUAAAAUGAUGUGCAGAGAAGGAAAUCUGAUCAAAGACAGAAAAAGAAAACUGACGACGUUCCCUAAAUGCUUUCUUGGAAGCGAAUUUGUGUCAUGGCUGUUGGAAAUUGGAGAGAUUCACAGGCCUGAGGAAGGUGUGCACUUGGGACAAGCAUUAUUAGAAAAUGGAAUCAUUCACCAUGUUACCGAUAAACAUCAGUUCAAACCAGAACAGAUGUUAUAUAGAUUUCGCUAUGAUGAUGGAACAUUUUAUCCAAGAAAUGAGAUGCAGGAUGUGAUUUCAAAGGGUGUAAGAUUAUAUUGUCGUCUUCAUAGCCUUUUUACUCCAGUGAUAAGAGAUAAAGAUUACCAUUUAAGGACCUACAAAUCUGUGGUCAUGGCCAACAAACUGAUAGACUGGUUAAUUGCACAGGGAGAUUGCCGCACCAGAGAAGAGGCAAUGAUAUUUGGCGUUGGACUCUGUGACAAUGGAUUUAUGCACCAUGUCCUUGAAAAAAGCGAAUUCAAAGAUGAACCCCUACUUUUCCGUUUUUUUUCGGAUGAGGAAAUGGAAGGAUCAAAUAUGAAACAUCGACUUAUGAAACAUGACUUAAAAGUUGUGGAAAAUGUUAUAGCUAAGUCAUUACUGAUUAAAUCCAACGAAGGCAGCUAUGGUUUUGGGCUAGAAGACAAAAACAAAGUUCCAAUAAUAAAGUUGGUAGAAAGGGGAUCUAAUGCUGAGAUGGCUGGCAUGGAAGUCGGGAAAAAGAUUUUUGCUAUUAAUGGAGACCUAGUUUUUAUGAGACCUUUCAGUGAAGUCGACUGCUUCCUGAAAUCGUGUUUAAACAGCAGAAAGCCUCUAAGAGUUCUUGUGAGCACGAAGCCGAGAGAGACAGUGAAAAUUCCAGAUUCAGCUGAUGGACUUGGCUUCCAGAUCCGAGGAUUUGGCCCUUCCGUUGUGCAUGCUGUAGGAAGAGGAACUGUGGCUGCAGCAGCUGGCCUUCACCCUGGACAGUGCAUUAUCAAGGUGAAUGGAAUCAAUGUAAGCAAAGAGACACAUGCCAGUGUCAUUGCACAUGUUACAGCCUGCAGGAAGUACAGGCGGCCAAUGAAGCAAGAUUCCAUACAAUGGGUUUAUAAUAGCAUUGAGAGUGCUCAAGAAGACCUUCAAAAAUCUCACUCCAAGCCCCCUGGAGAUGAAGCAGGGGAUGCUUUUGACUGUAAAGUAGAAGAGGUUAUUGACAAAUUCAACACUAUGGCCAUCAUUGACGGGAAGAAGGAGCAUGUGAGUCUGACAGUGGACAAUGUCCACCUGGAGUAUGGUGUCGUAUAUGAGUACGACAGCACAGCUGGCAUCAAGUGCAAUGUGGUGGAAAAGAUGAUUGAGCCCAAAGGUUUCUUCAGCUUAACUGCCAAGAUUCUUGAAGCCCUGGCUAAAAGUGAUGAGCAUUUUGUACAAAACUGCACCAGCCUAAAUUCUCUAAAUGAAGUGAUUCCUACUGACCUUCAGAGUAAAUUCAGUGCCCUUUGCAGUGAAAGAAUUGAACACAUAUGUCAGAGAAUAUCCAGUUAUAAAAAGUUUUCUCGUGUACUGAAGAAUAGAGCCUGGCCUACUUUUAAACAGGCCAAAUCUAAAAUCUCCCCACUGCACAGCAGUGAUUUCUGCCCUACCAACUGCCAUGUCAACGUGAUGGAAGUUUCUUAUCCCAAAACAUCAACCUCUUUGGGAAGUGCAUUUGGUGUUCAGUUGGAUAGUAGGAAGCAUCAUUCUCAUGAUAAAGAAAACAAAUCUUCGGAGCAAGGGAAACUGAGCCCUAUGGUGUACAUUCAGCACACCAUCACAACCAUGGCGGCCCCUUCAGGUCUGUCUCUGGGACAGCAGGAUGGCCAUGGUCUCAGGUAUCUGCUGAAAGAAGAAGACUUAGAAACCCAAGACAUCUAUCAGAAACUGCUGGGUAAACUUCAGACUGCACUGAAAGAGGUGGAGAUGUGUGUUUGUCAAAUAGAUGACCUUCUGUCUUCAAUAACAUAUUCUCCUAAAUUAGAACGUAAGACAUCGGAGGGCAUAGUACCAACAGACAGUGACAAUGAGAAGGGAGAACGAAACAGCAAACGGGUCUGUUUUAAUGUAGCAGGAGAUGAACAGGAAGAUUCUGGUCAUGAUACCAUCAGCAACAGAGACUCUUACAGUGACUGCAACAGCAAUAGGAAUUCCAUCGCCUCCUUCACCAGCAUCUGCAGCAGCCAAUGCAGCUCCUAUUUCCACAGUGAUGAAAUGGACUCAGGUGAUGAACUUCCCCUAAGUGUUCGCAUUUCUCAUGAUAAACAGGACAAGAUACAUAGUUGCCUUGAACAUCUUUUCAGCCAGGUGGAUUCAAUUACCAAUCUCCUAAAAGGGCAGGCUGUUGUGAGGGCCUUUGACCAAACCAAGUAUCUCACUCCAGGCCGAGGAUUGCAAGAAUUUCAACAGGAAAUGGAACCAAAGCUGAGUUGUCCAAAAAGGCUACGGCUUCAUAUCAAGCAAGACCCCUGGAAUCUUCCCAGCAGCGUCCGGACUCUUGCUCAGAACAUCAGGAAAUUUGUUGAAGAGGUGAGGUGUAGGAUACUCCUGGCUCUUCUUGAAUAUUCAGAUAGUGAGACACAGCUCCGUAGAGACAUGGUUUUCUGCCAGACUCUUGUGGCCACUGUCUGUGCCUUCUCUGAGCAGCUCAUGGCGGCCUUGAACCAGAUGUUUGACAACAGCAAGGAAAAUGAGAUGGAAACUUGGGAAGCCAGCAGGAGGUGGCUGGACCAGAUAGCGAAUGCAGGUGUUCUUUUUCACUUUCAGUCACUUCUGUCACCAAAUUUGACAGAUGAACAAGCCAUGUUAGAAGAUACACUGGUUGCACUAUUUGAUUUGGAAAAGGUUUCCUUUUACUUUAAACCAUCAGAAGAGGAACCCCUGGUUGCAAAUGUUCCUCUUACAUAUCAAGCAGAAGGAAGUCGGCAAGCUCUGAAAGUUUACUUCUACGUUGAUAGUUAUCAUUUUGAACAACUUCCUCAACGGUUGAAAAAUGGAGGAGGGUUUAAAAUUCAUCCUGUUCUUUUUGCACAAGCACUGGAGAGCAUGGAAGGAUAUUAUUACAGAGACAAUGUUUCCGUGGAAGAAUUUCAAGCUCAGAUAAAUGCAGCCUCACUGGAAAAGGUCAAACAGUACAACCAGAAGCUCAGGGCAUUCUACUUGGACAAGUCAAAUUCACCACCAAACUCCACAUCCAAAGCUGCCUAUGUAGAUAAGCUAAUGAGGCCUCUCAACGCUUUGGAUGAACUUUACCGACUGGUAGCCUCGUUUAUCAGAUCCAAGCGCACAGCUGCCUGUGCAAACACAGCGUGCAGUGCCUCUGGGGUUGGACUGCUGUCAGUUUCCUCGGAGCUGUGCACCAGGCUAGGCGCCUGCCACAUCCUCAUGUGCAGCAGCGGUGUGCAUCGGUGCACCCUGAGCGUGACGCUGGAGCAAGCCAUCAUUUUGGCCAGAAGCCACGGACUGCCACCUCGCUACAUCAUGCAGGCUACAGAUGUGAUGCGGAAGCAGGGAGCAAGAGUUCAGAACACAGCGAAGAAUUUGGGAGUCAGAGACCGGACCCCACAGUCUGCACCAAGGCUGUACAAGCUAUGUGAGCCGCCUCCCCCAGCUGGAGAAGAAUGAAAAGAAUUCCCAAGAAACCAGGCAGGCAGAAGCUCCUGAAUGCUGGACUAGACAAACUACAUGCUGGCUAAACAUUCUCCACUGAAGAUAAAUCAAUGCUCCUUUUUUUUUUUUUUUUUUUCUGUAAAUCUUUCUCCCCAUUACAAACAAGUAGUGUUCAGUUUAUACUUGGAUAUUUAUGCUGGAAAUGGAAAGAAGUUCAAUCAGACAGUUCAGCAUCACAAACUGAUGUCUCUAUAUAUUGACAUUAAGUAUUCCCUUUUAGAGUAAAAUCCAUCCCUGGAACAUAAAGAAAAAAAAUUAGAGAUUUAAAAAUUAACCACCAUGCCUCCUCUCCCAUUCAUUAAAAUUGUGUUAUUAUGUUUGUUUUCAUCUUUUCCAAGUGGACACAUGUAAUAAUGGAGAGUUCCUCUUGAAGAAGGCUAUUAUUGAAGAAACCUGGUGACAUUUUGCAAAUCAUGAAAAAUGUUAAGGACAAUAUGGACUGUGUGGUAUAGAUUUUCUGUCCCCCAUUUGCAAGAGAGAAAGUCAUUAAUGUGUAAAAGGUGUGAAAAGCAUGCUUUACUCUUUCUCCUCAGGGCUUAUUUCUUAUUAGAGGAGAAGAGAGCUGACUAAGGCCUCCAGCAAGACUCACUUUCUUCUAGCUGCCUUUGGGCAUCCUUUUCUCUUGUGGACAGCUCUAGAAAAUCAGUGCUAUUUUUGGUGUCUGCAAUUGGCAUGGCUUCCUUGGGCCACGAAUACUGGGUGCUGUGCCAUAAUGGCCCUGGGGAUCAGAGAAGUGCAGGGAGGGGAACGAGGAUGAAGAAGGGGACAGUAAGCCUAUUUUAAAACUAAACCUUUAACUUAGAUACCUGAAACUCUUAAUUUUAUGAAGGCUCUCAUAUGAGAGGUCAGACUCUUCAAAGAAUACAACUCAUGAGACUUUUUCUGACAAGGUAUAUGUAUAAGAUAUGAAAAUAAGGCUUUAUUUGUACUUGUAAAGGACCGUUAGGGAGCUUGAUAAUUUGUGGACGCACAAGGUGUAUUCUAUCCUCAUUCUAAAGUGUAUGUAAUGUUUAUCAUUUCCACAUUGAUGUAACAACAUUGUUUUUAGCAUAGUAAAUACAGUAAUAUUUAUUUUAAAUCCAUAAUUUUCAAACAAAACACUCAUGAUUGUGGUAAUUAUAUGGGCUUACGCUAAUUUAGUAUGUGAAAUGCUUUUCACAUCUAAAGUAUGUGCAAACCAUUAUUAACUUUUUUUUUAUUUUUUGAAGCUGAGUCUCAAUCUGUUACCCAGACUGGAGUGCAGUGGUGCGAUCUUGGCUCACUGCAACCUCCGCCCCCCAGAUUCAAGCCAUUCUCCUGCCUCAGCCUCCCAAGAGCUGGGACUACAGGCAUGCACCACCAUGCUCGGCUAAUUUUUGUAUUUUUAGUAGAGACGGGUUUUCACCGUGUUGGCCAGGCUGAUCUUGAACGCCUGACGUCAAGUGGUCCGCCUGCCUCAGCCUCCCAAAGUGCUAGGAUUACAGACAUGAGCCACAGCUUCCGGCCUGUUAUUAAAUUUUAAUUUAUGAAAUUUGAUCAUGGUUUUCAAACCAUUAUUAAAAACCUUUAUCGUUAGCCAUUAUGUAUUGAAUAACAAAAAUACCAUGUUACAUGUGUAGGCAAUAUGUGUAUACUACUAGGUGAGGUAAUAAUAAUUGUUAUUUGGCACAGAAGCUCUUGAGACUUUUGUGAAAAGUCCAGAUAUAAUGAAAAACAAGGAACCUAGCAUCAGAGUUGUCAAGAAAAAGUUGAAUAUUUUGAAUUUAAUAAAGAUAUCUUUACAUAAAUAACUUUCAAGGAUUUAACAUUCGUAGGGCUAAUGAGUGAACACAGCUGAUUAGCUAGCAAGUCCUUUCAUAUUGUCGUGACUGUUUUCUCAUCAGCAUCCUGGAAGCAGUAAUCCUCAUUAGAGGCAUGAAAGGGUCAUUAAAAUGAUUUCAGCUGUACUUUGCCGUAUUUCAUGGGGCAAAUUCUCAGCUAUUAUGGUAUUUAUAAGCUAACAUAUUUUAUAUUUUUAAGGAUCUACUUUCUUCAUAAUAGAAUGUGCUUCAUAUUAUUUUUAGGGUUAAACAUAAGCAUAUUGUCUAUCAUGCUCGGUACUUACUAAAUGCUCAAAAAUUAGUAAUGAUUUAUAUUAACAUUAGUCACUAUAACUUCUACUGAUAAUAAAAAUUGUAGCUAACACUUAUUAAGGGAUUACUACAUACCCAGUAAUAGCUCCAAUUGCUUUGCCUGUAUUCUGUUGUUAUUGCUUCACUUAAUCCUCAUAAUAAUGAUGUGACAUGGUACUCUUUUGAUCACACCCAUUUUUAGAGUUGAGGAACCAAAGCAAAGAAUAGCCCAAUGACUUGCACAAAGUCACAUGAUUGACAACGGAUAGAACCAAAAUUUCAACCCAGGAAGUCUGCCUUCUUAAUGCAUUAUGCUGCUUUUCCUUAUCAAUAUAAGAACUAUUGUAAUAUUACAAUGAUUUAUAAGUAGAUUUGGAGUUAUGUGGCAUGUGUUGUCAUUAAAUUAUACAUCUUGUAUUAAAAAACAGUGAAUGGAAACAUGUAAAAUGCUUUAAUUAUAUGAAAAUUAUAGGAUUUCCUGGACAUUUUACAACUCUGGAUGCACAUUUUGAGGUAACUCAACACUGUUGCAAUCUGAAAACCAUUUUGUAUCAUAUUCCUCCUCAUCAAAAAUAACAGUUUUAGAUAGUAUAUCACAUAAUACUUUAUUAUAAUUCCAACACAGUGGUAACAGUAAAAAAAAAAAACCUAAUGGAUGAAUGAAGAAUGACAAUUUUUUCAAUGCCAUAUGUAUCUCCAUGUGACAUUGGGUAUGAAGAAGCCUUGAGGUUUUAGGAUGUGUUUACCUUAAUGCUACAUGCUCCUCUGUAACCAGUGCACCUUGAAAUACUGCUAAAACCUGCUAACUUCUUCCAAGUUCUGAGCAUGGACAACCCCCAUCCCCCCAACCUAAAAGGGAAGGUCAUGCAUAGAAAUUUUGGAUCUUAACUUAGGGCCUGCCUGACUCAAAAAUAAUUGUGAACUAAAAAUUCUUAGUCAAUACAUCUUAAGCAUUCUAUUAUCGCCUAUAAUUUUUUCUAAUAUUAAUUCUAAAUAUUACAAAAGUUAAUGUGAUAUUAAAGUAUGAAAAAUUUGAAAAAAUUAGAAUUUUACAUGUAUUUCCAUUCCUAUUUAAAGAGAGAAAAGGGGCAGAGAAUUUCUGUGCUAGUUUUACUUAUAUUGGAUAUAUAAUAUUGAAUUUAUAGUAUAAGCUUUAUUUUAUCAAUUCACAAAUCUGAAGUCUCAUACUGUUUUCUAUCUCUUUAAAACACAUUCUUCUGGUGGCUUGGAUUCACUGUGCAUUCAUUGGCCACCCUUUUUGCAGCAAAUUUUAAAUCAAAUUAAAAUUAGGUAAACUUUCUAUGAUACUAUAACAUAUAUGACAUUGAAAUGACAUUGGUUCUGAAUCUAUUAAUUUAAAUUUUGGGAUCAUUAUAUUCAGAAUGAAAUGAAAUUGACCUUGACGCUAACUUUGAUAGCCAAGAAAAUGAAUGGGUAAACAAAGUUUAAGGGUCAUGUUAAUUAAUUUAACAAAACAAACUAUCUUCAGUCCUUUGGGCUUGUACAUUUUAUAGACAAAAUUAGUAUUUAUUGAUUUGGAAGUGUUCAAUUGAGAGUAAAUGACUCUGUGUUUUGAAACUAAUACCUUUGCAUUUAAAAUACUAAAGUAUUAUUAUGUUAGUUCAAGUAGAUCUUUUCCUGUGUAGCAUGAUUUAAUGCAGAGCAGUGGGUAUAUUUUUAUUCAUUUAUACUUUUGAAAAGUCAUAAUACUGAAAUUUAAAAUGAAUAGUCUCACUUUAAGGUCAUUUUUACUUUACAUUUUACUUUAAAGGUCAUUUUUAGACUUUAUAUGCUAGUGGUAUUGAAACUAACAUUUAAUAUUUGACUAAAUAGCUUGUGAAUUUUUGGAAACUAUGUUUAAUUUUUAAAGACAUUGUUAUGUGAAUUAUCUUACUAAAUUAUCACUUAAGAACUCUCUCAUAGUAGUAAUUUCAUUAACACAUAUACAUACUAACCAAUUUGCUAAAUGAAUUGUCGGUUGUCUUGCUUAAGUACUAGAGCCAAGCUUUGAAAUGACUUAAAGUGAUCUGAAUUUUGAUUGAGAAAAAUAAUCUGUCUUCUGUCAAAUGUUUGAACUUUUAGUGAUGAACCUCAGCAAAGUUUCACCCUGCAUGAAGCAGAACAGGUGGGGGAAAAUUGCAAGAGGGGUCUAUACCAAAAAUGGCCCCAGGAUAUUCCAUUGAACAAAUAUUGACCAUUAUCUUGCUAGGUGCUACAACUCCAUACUAGUCAUUACAGUUAGUCUUUGGUUUCACAAAAAUGUUACUGCUUCAAAGGCUUGGCAUUAACAGUGUUGCCAGCAUUCAUAUUGCCAACCAUCUGCUGGUCAUACAUGGAAGACUGUUAAAGUGUGGUCUGUGCAUCAUUGAGCAAUUGUUAUAUAGACACAAGGCCUGCUUCACUCAGGAUAGCUUGCUCCUCUCACUGAGAAGAGAUAUCUGAAGUCUACUAAGUCUACUAAAUGAGAUAUAUAUGUGUAUGUAUAUGCCUAUAUAUAUUGUUAUACUUACUAGUUUUGUGAUAAUGUUAUAAAAAUUAAUAAGAGUGUUUUGUAUGAAUGUACGACAAAUCGAGUUGUUCAAUGUAUUGAAUGAAUGUCUUACUGUAGGCAUCAGAGCUGUCCAACCAUGCGUAAAUAUACCUGGUCUUUUGAUCACUGACACUACUUUGCUCUCCAAUCUGGAAUCAACUGGCCUGGCUCUGCCAUUGAGAAAUAGCUAAUUAAGAACAAAAUUGUUAAAUUUUAAAAUUAUAUUUCUACUAGAAAUAGCUUUGGAGAGUUAAUUUUAGGUGCAAAUAACAGGAUAAAUGCUAUCUGAUCAAGUAUUCAUUCGACAAAUGUUUUUGAGGAUUCACUAAGUGCAAGGCACAAUCGUUGGGGCUGGUAUAUGUGUGGAUAUGUUUGAUUUGAAAACCUUCAUGGUGGUCUGUGUGUUAUAGUUUAUCUGUGUCUUUUGCUUAAAAUGGCAUUAUUUGUAACACAAACCUAAUAUCAUGUGUACAAAUACACUGUGUGUAGCCAAGAACACUAAAUUGGUAAAAUGCUUUAGAAAAUAUACAUCUGAAUUUGAAUAUCUAAUGCUUCAAGUAAAUAUAUUAGAGUUUCAGAUGAACAUAUAUUUUUGUAACUGCCAAGUAAAUGAGUAGAACAGAGCUUUUUGCCUAAAAAUAUUUUUAUAAGUACUCAUUUACAUAGUAUUCAUUAUUUUAAAUGACAAAAUAUCAAAUUGGUUCUAUAAAUAAUAAUUGUUUUGAAUAUGUCCAUAUUUAACAUCAUAUGAAAUCCAAAAUUUAAUGAUAAAUUUCAUCUGGAUGUGUUAUUAUAAAAGUCAUCGUUUUUCCUUUGUAAAAUAUCCAUGUAACAUAGCUUCCAUUACUCCAUAUUUUAUGUAUGGUUAAAAUUAUCAAAGUGCAUUAUGUAUUUUAUAUCAUUUAUUUUUGUCUGCAUAAAAGAUUGGAAUAGUAACCAUGUAUGAUAAAUGUUAAUAAUAAAGUGAAAUGUAGUAUGACCAGCUCAA